AUGCAAUACGUUCGCAACCUCAGCGCCUCCGUCUCGUCGACAUGGAACUCCAUCAACCCAGCCACCUUGAGUGGUGCCAUUGAUGUUAUCGUUGUCGAACAGGAAGAUGGCACACUCGCAUGUUCACCCUUCCACGUCCGGUUCGGGAAGUUCUCUCUUCUGCGGCCUUAUGAAAAGAAGGUCGAGUUCAAGGUCAACGGCGUCAAGCAGAACUACUCUAUGAAGCUUGGAGAAGAGGGAGAGGCAUUCUUCGUGUUCGAGACAAGCGAUAACAUUCCUAGAGAUCUGCAAACGUCGCCGUUGGUCUCCCCGGCAUCAAGCCCUCCUUUGAACCCCGAGAACCCUUCCUCGCCUGGACUUGGGGAGCCGGAGCUUUUGGAUCUGGAUUCCGACACAAGGAAACCUCGCCGUCCUCCUCCUUCAGUUUUCCAUAGCACAACAAUCCCUCAGGAUCAUGGUAUACUUACCCCGUUAUCUACAUCACCGGACCUCUCUCACGGACGACCGAGAUCCGACGACUGGGUUCACCGACCACACAGUGACGAUGUACUGCGCAAGUCAGCCCGCGCGAGUGAACGAGAAUUCGGCGAAGGUUCUGCCGAGUUCGCCAUGUCCGACAGAUCACACAGCCCUCCCCCUCUGGCACCAAAGGAUGCACUUGAGCGGGCGCUGAUGCUCUCCAAGGAACUCUCUGCCAAUAACAUUCCUACUCAUGUCACCGAAAGCGGUGACUUGAUGCUUGACAUGACUGGCUUCAAGAGCAAUGAGGAGGACAUUUUCCGCGCUGAAAUUAUUGCGCGGAAGAUCUUGGCUGAAGAGCUCGAAGGCAACUAUGACAUUGGUUCCCUUUUCGGCAUGGAUGAGCAUGGGAACAUCUGGAUCUACAGCAGCGAGGAGGCUAAGGAGGCGGCCAAGAAGAAGACUAUGGAGGCAGGCUACCGCGGAACAUCGGCCGUGGCGGCUGAUGCUGCAUCUGACCCAGGAUACCAGAGCGAUGGCAGCGAUGUCACGACUACCGCCCCAACCCCGAUCCAUCGAAGAACCGAGUCAGAUGUUGGCGCUUCUGGCAUGCAGACUCCUCCCACCACCCCUCCACAAUCGACAGCAGGAGACCCGAACCUGAACUACGCCAAGACUCUCCGCUUGACUAGCGACCAGCUCAAGGCCCUGUGCCUGAAGGCUGGCGAGAACACAAUGAGUUUUACUGUGAACCGGGCAACAUGUCAGGCUAACAUGUAUCUCUGGAAACACGAGACACCGGUGGUCAUCUCGGAUAUUGACGGUACCAUUACAAAGUCGGAUGCGUUGGGUCACGUUCUCAACAUGAUUGGUCGUGAUUGGACGCAUGCUGGCGUUGCUAAGCUCUACAGCGACAUUGUCGCAAACGGGUACAACAUCAUGUACCUAACUAGUCGAUCCGUAGGACAGUCCGAUACGACGAGAGCGUAUCUGGCUGGCAUUCAGCAGGGAGAGUACAGGCUGCCGCGAGGCCCUACCAUUCUGUCUCCUGACCGAACUAUGGCUGCUCUUCGUCGCGAGGUCUACCUUCGAAAGCCUCACGUCUUCAAGAUGGCCACUCUUCGUGACAUCCGGCAUCUGUAUGGCCCCGACAGGACACCUUUCUACGCAGGUUUCGGAAACCGCCUUACGGACCAGAUUUCAUACAGAACGGUGGACGUCCCCAGAAACCGCAUUUUCACCAUCAACUCCAACGCCGAGGUGUCGCUUGAUCUACUCAGCUUGAACAAGCUCAAGUUGAGUUACAUCAACAUCAACGAAGUCGUGGACCAUUUCUUCCCACCUGUAAGCACCCUGGUCAAGGGUGGCGGAGAAGAAUACACGGACUUCAAGUACUGGAGGGACACGCCGUUGGAGUUGGAUGAAUUUUCAGCUAGCGACUCUGAUGAUGAUGAGCAGGCCGACUUGGAAGAAGAAGAAGAUGUGGAUGACGAUGACGAAGAAAUCGGCGAUGAGAUGGGACAGAGCUACAUCUCACGAGGCUCAGUCGACGAUUACGCUGACGAGCGCGAAAGCAUUCUAAGCGGAAGUGUCGACGGCGACGAACAGCUGACAGCCUCUAUUAUGGAGGAUGAAUAUGCAGAUGACGAAGAUGCCGAGGAGGAGGACGACGACGAAGAAGAAGACGACGACGAGGACGGUGACGAAGCGGAGCUCGAUAGUGUGCGCGCCCAACGCGAGCGGACUCCUCAGCCCAGAGGCAAGGAAAAUACGUCUUCCGUGCCUGGCCAAAAGGUGCUCAUGGAAGACGUUGGGGCUGAGUUAAUAACUGGGGUAAAUCAUCUCACCCUUGAAAGAGGUGUGCAGAAAUAG